AUGAGCCUCAAAGUUUCAAAAAGAAGCAGCAUGGGCCUCAAGGCCGUGUACCAGCACAUAGUGGACAACAUCCUCGCUGUUGUCACCACAUCCUGUCUCGUCGCCAUGGUGCGUCUCGGUCCAGCGGAGCUCAUCAACUGGCUCCGUGAGCUCCCGCCAGCGCACCUGUUCUUGGCGGGCUUCGUCCCGGCCGCAGCGGCCACUCUGUACCUCAUGCUUCAUCCGCGUGCGGUGUACCUGAUCGACUACGCCUGCUUCGACACCCGCCCGCUCGCCCGAGUCCCCAUGGCCUCAUUCAUCGAGUACACCAAGCAUACAACCACCAUCGACGAGCGCAGCAUCCGGUUCAUGUCGCGGCUGCUGGAGCGCUCCGGGCUCGGGGAGGAGACCUGCCUGCCGGCGGCGCACCACUACGUCCCCACGCACAAGUACUGCACCCUCGGGAACGCCCGGGCCGAGUUCGAGCUCGUCGUCUUCUCGACCAUUGACGACCUGCUCGCCAAGACCGGCGUCUCUCCGGACGCCAUCGACGCACUCGUACUCAACUGCAGCCUGUUCUGUCCAACCCCGUCCUUGGUCGACAUCAUCGUCAACAAGUACAACCUGCGCAGCGACGUCCGCAGCAUCAACCUCUCCGGCAUGGGUUGCAGCGCGGGUCUGAUCGCCGUGGGGCUCGCCAGGAACCUCCUGCAGGUUCUUCCCCAAGGCUCCCGCGUGCUGGUCGUCUCCACGGAGACCAUCACCCCGAACUACUACGUCGGCAACGAGCGCGCCAUGCUCCUGCCCAACUGCUUGUUCCGCGUCGGCGGAGUGGCCGCGAUACUGUCGACGUCCCCCGUGAACGCCCGGUUCCGCCUCAAGCAUGUCGUGCGCACCUUGACCGGCGCGAACGACGACAGCGCGUACGGUGCGUGUUCCAGGAAGAGGAUGACCAAGGGAACGUCGGGAUCAACCUCAGCAAGAACCUGA